UCAUCAGUAUUCAGUGUGCUCUAACAAAUCAUAUUAGUCAGUGAUCAGUACUGUCAGCAGAAUUUCAAAGAAAGGUGAAGAUGGAGUUCAAGGUUAGAACAUUCCUUACCACAAUUCUGAUGUUUCUGUUGGCAUCAAAUAUCUUGAUUUUGGAAUCUGAGGCUGCUGGAGAAUGUGGAAGGACCCCUAUUGGUUCUGCAGCUGCAAGUCUUAGUCCUUGUUUGGCUGCCACUCGUAAUGUCAGGGCAAAAGUUCCACCAGCUUGUUGUGCCAGAGUUGGUGCUUUGCUCAGAACCUCUCCAAGGUGUCUCUGUGCUGUCCUAUUGUCACCUCUGGCAAAGCAAGCCAAGAUUAAUCUUGGUAUUGCUAUCACUAUUCCAAAGAGAUGCAACAUCAGGAACAGACCAGCAGGAAAGAAAUGUGGAAGGUACACUCUUCCUUAAAUUCCAAGAGUAUGAUAGACAGCAUGCAGUAUGGAAUAUAUUAUAGAGCUAAAUAAGUGUUGUAACAUGGCAUCUUCUGCGGGGAGAUUGACCAGUUCAGGCGCUGUAGCAUUUUGUUCUUCUCAGUGUAUUGUUGCAUGGUUGGAUAUCUUGCUAAAUAUCAAAAUAAAAAGAUUACAGUUAUCUUUCUCA